GUUCUACUGCCGCGGACGUCACGAUGACUCCCAAGUCGACGCAUCCUUCGUCGCUGCCUUCAACGACAUGGAUCUUCGGCUUGUUCUGCUUGAUCAACCUCCUGAACUUUGUGGAUCGAGGUAUCAUUCCUGGCGCUCCGACGCAGUUCCAGUACUUCAUCAAGGAAACGUUGCACAUCGCAGUUGGCGACGAGAGCAAGUACUUGGGGCUCCUGGCAUCGUCGUUCAUUGCUAGUUACGCAGGCUUCAUCCUUCUUUUCGGGUACCUCUCGAUCUUCAUCAAGCCUUUCCAUCUAGUGGCUGUGGGGUUGUUCGUAUGGUGUGUGGCAGUGGUCGUAUGUGGGGCCUCGAAACCCGCCAACAGUUUCUACCUGCUGCUCUUUGGGCGCAUCGUCAGUGGCGUAGGCGAGUCUUCGUUCCAGUGCAUCGCUCCGCCAUUCAUUGACGACCACGCGCCGCCAGCCCAGCGCACGCUUUGGCUCGGCAUCUUCUUCUCGUGCAUCUCGGUGGGCACAGCCCUCGGCUACGGAUAUGGCGCGGCCAUGGCCAACUCUGCUUGGGGAUGGGGCUGGGCUUUUCAUUGGGAAGCCAUCAUGAUGGCCCCUUUGGUCGUCGCAUGCGCGUUUUUCAUUCCCGACGCGUACAAUCGAGCUAGCCAAGACCACCACCACCACCACGUCCCCCUACCUACGGACGACUCGGACGACGACCCGAACGAUCCAAGUAGUAGCGAAGAGGCGGUUCCCGUAGCCCACACCCGCCAGCCGUUCGUCACGGAAGUGUGGGCAGUCGUGAACAAUGCCGUGUUCAUGCUCACGGUGUUGGGCACGGCAGCGUUUACGUUUUCGCUGGCCGGGCUCAGCGUGUUUGGCCCAAUGUUCUUGAUCGGGCUUGGGUUGUUUGACAAGGAAACGGAAGCGUCGAUGGUAUUUGGGUCUGUCGUAGUGAUCAGCGGCGUGAUUGGAACCCCAUUGGGGGGCCUCGUGCUCGACUGGUCGUGUCGCGCUCGACCCCACUUGCGGCAAUACAUUGCCCUGCGCCAAGUGUUUCUUGCCAUGACCAUCGGCACCGUCUUGUCGUUGCUGGCGUGGUGUCUGCUGCCGAACAAGAUUGGAUUCCUCCUCUGCUUUGGCCUCGCGCUAUGUUUUCUCUUUGCCACGACAUCGUCCAACGCGAUCGUGAUCUUGCUCUGUGUGGAUCCGUCCCGGCGAUCUCUUGCUGUGGGAGUCAACACCCUCAUCUUGCAUUUGCUCGGAGACGUGCCGUCCCCCAUCAUCCUUGGCGCGCUCAAGGACGCGUGGGCGCCGGACUGCGGCUCCAUUGAGAAGGAUGGCGCGGUCGUGCUGAAUCCCGACUGCGCAAAUGACUUCCACGGUCUGCUGCUGUCCCUCCUCUUCCCCCUGCUUUGGAUGAUCUGGUCCGUGCUGUCGUACGGCGCCGCGGCCUUCAUCGUGCAGAGGCGACUUCGUCGCCAAGGGCAUGACGUGUAGUUAGUUGUAGGUAGUGAUUCCAUCGGAAGGUGGUUUUCACUAUUUUUAAGCGAAAACCAGCCAUUCCUGUACGAGGGUAUCUAUCUACACUUUCAAACGCGGUUCUUCUGCGCACGAUCGGAUCAUUAUUGAGUCAUCAUUCCUCC